AUGGCAACGACAGCUUCCCCGCUGUCAGACCAUACCAUGUCAAACGACAAACCCAUCGACCCGACCACGUCGGCCAACGACGCCACGCAGACACCUGCCGCCGCCGCUGCCGCUUCGGUUCUUCGCCAACGCAAGGCCACCAACAAGGCCGAUUCAGACGCUUACCGAGCUGACGAUGAGGGUGGCGACGCCGACGACAAGAAGAACCAGUCCGCAGAGGAGGUGACCUGGGGCAAAACCCCCAGCGGUGUCGUCUUCCGCGUCCCAGAGACCCACUCGUUUGUCCACACGCUCAUGAACACGUUCUUCCGCUCGAGCUUUACUCGCUGGACCACCAUCUCACUCGCUGCUCAGCCUGCCCUCUUCUUCAUGCUCUCCAACUGGCCUACUCUCCGCUCAUUCCUCUUCCUCGUCUACUUUGCCUUCUGGCGCGGCUGCUACGACUUUGGCUUUGCUUGGCUCCUCCGCCAGCAGUCGGAGCGCAAGUAUGUUGUCCGCACUCUCCGCGAGUGGGGCUGGCUCGACGUCAACUCGGAAUCUGGCGGCGAGGAGGGUCGCGAGUGGGCCAAGUGGUGGAAGGUCGAGCUCGAGAUGAAGAUGGGCGAAGGCUACACCUGGGACUCGGUGCCCGCCGAGUACAACUCGUGGCUCAUCUUCCGUCAGCUCGUUGACAUUGUCCUUCUCAACGACUUUGUCUCAUACUCGUUGUUCGCGUGGGCCAACCUCAACUUCCCUUCCAACCAAGGCAUUCUCACCCACAUCUUCCGCUGGGUCUUUGGCUGGUCGCUCAUCGUCUUCAACCUCUGGGUCAAGAUCGACGCUCACCGUGUCGUCAAGGACUAUGCUUGGUACUGGGGAGAUGCGUUCUGGCUCAUGGUCAUGCAGCACGACCUCGUCUUCGACGGCGUUUACGAGAUCGCCCCGCACCCCAUGUACUCGGUCGGCUAUGCCGGCUACUACGGUCUGUCGAUCGUUGUCGGCUCGUACUCUGUCCUCUUCGUCUCGCUCGCCGCCCACGCCGCCCAGUUUGCGUUCCUCCUCUGGUUUGAGAACCCUCACAUUGACCGCACCUACGGCGGUGAGAAGAAGCCCCUCGCUGCCCGUAUCCCCCUGGACCUUGGCGUCCCUUCGUCCGCUGCCUCCGCAUUCGAGGAGCCCGCUACCGAGUCCAACCUGUCGCUUGCCGCCGAUGCCGCCACCCCAGCGGCCACGGAGGGAGAGACUGCCAGUGAGCCCGAGGUCCCCGAGCUCCCGGAGCAGGCCGAGCCUACUGGUAUCCAGAUCGGUGGCAGCUACAACAGCUCUGUCAGUGCGUCCAUGGACAACAAUGUCCGCCGUCGCCGCGCCAUGAGCACGACCAUGCACGACAUCACCCACCGUUUCUUCCGCAAGCCCACUGUCAUCUUCAAGCGCUUUGACCCGUUCCGCGCGUCCGACUUUGCUCUUGCCGUUCUGGUGUCUUACGCCAUCGUCUCGCUCGUCCCAGCCCUUCCUCACAGCAUUGGCCUCUUUGCGCACUUUUGUCACGCCCUGUCUUGGCGUCUCUUCCACUCGUACGGCCUUGGUCUGCUGCUCCGCGCCCAGUCCAAGACCAAGUGGAUGGUCCGCCACUACCUCCACAACUACCCCUACCCCGGUGAGGAGGUCAUUGACGAGGACGAGGAGAUUGUUGCCGACAAGAGCGUCGUCAAGCGCGCCACUGAGGAGGCCUUCAGCAACUGGCAGGUUCUUUACAACACCUCGCUUGUCAUGACCUACGUCUCGUUUGCCGGCCUGGCCUGGAAGACUUACCACCUGCCCGCGGACUGGACGGUGUCCGGUACCAUCCUCCGCCACGUCCUCGGUGCUCUCCUCAUUGCCCUCCAGGUCUGGUCGUCGACCUCGAUCCAGGAGGUCCUUGGCGACUUUGGCUGGUUCUACUCGGACUUUUUCCUCAUCGAGCAGGUGCCCGCGCGUCUUGCGUACACUGGCAUCUACCGCUUCCUCAACAACCCGGAGCGUACCCUUGGCGGCGCCGCCUUCCUUGGCCUUGCUCUCAUCUCCAACAGCUCUCUCGUCUUCUUCCUCGCCCUGUUCUCGCACCUCUCGCACUGGUGGUUCCUCUCGUUCGUCGAGGCCCCCCACAUGAAGCGUCUCUAUGGUGACCGUCUUCGCAAGGAUGGUGGUCUCACCAAGACUGUCAAGAACAUUGCUGGCAAGACCCUCGCCAACAAGAAGAGCAUUCCCGAGCUCCGCCGCUACGUUGACGAGGUCCGUGACACCCUCGACAAGGUCGAGGUCAAGGUUGGCCAGGUUGUGGAGGACCUCAUCCAGCAGGCCGGGCCCCGUCUCAACAUUCUCGCCAACGACACCAAGAAGAUAUUCCAGCAGUCGCGCGAGCGCAUGACCGUCACUCGUGUCGCCAAGGACAUUUCCAACUAUGACACUUCUCGUUACUCGAUCACUGUGGCGUCGUCCUCGUCGUCGGCCCCCGUCCCUCGCUUCCACGUUGGCCAGCCCAUCCGCGUCAACUGGACCGCGCCUUCGAACCAUUCGCGCAAGGACUGGAUCGGCAUCUACCGUGUCGGCUCGUGCAAGUCCAAGCUCAUCACCAAGGUUUCGUCGGUGGGCAAGUGGGUCCCGAUCUUCGAGGAGGAGUACAACGGCGAGGACCAGGUCGGUAUCGACCCCGAGGAGCAAGUCUCGUACGGCGACGCUGGCAUUUGCACCUUCCGCGGUAAGCGUCUCCCCUGGGCCCCCGGCCAGUAUGAGCUCCGCUACCACCACGACGGCAAGCACAACGUCAUGUCCAUUAUCUCGCCUAUUGAGAUCUACGUCUCACAGCCGGACAUUCACUCGUUCCGUGCCGUCCACGACACGCUCCUCAACAUUGUCUGCCUUGCGCUCGACUCGAACGUGUCCCUCGUGCCCCGCUCUGCUCGCCAGAUGGCCCGUAACCAGGCCAAGCUCGGGCACACCAGGGCAGGCUCCUCUGCGAGCGCCGCUGGCGUGUUCAACUCGAGCAGCAACCCCCUGGCCUCGCGCACCUCUGCCCAGGCACUUGGAGCCAGUGGCGCCAACACCCCCUCGCGCUCUGGUGCUGUGCCCACCUCGCCGCCCUCGCUCGCGCCAACCAUCGCCGAGCUGGCGGCCGAGCUCGCCGGCACCACCGACAGCGAUAGCGCAUCGUCGCCACCGCAGUCGGAACACCCGGGCCUGCACGGUACAGACGACAGCGACACGGGUCUACAAGACUCGGACGACUUUGUGAUCAUGGACGAAGAGCAGGCCAAGCAUAUUUCGCAAAUGGUCGACUGGGCGUUCAAGGUGGACCUGUCGUCCGACGUUGUGGUCGCCGACGCGAACGUGACGGCGCUCGCGAAGCGAGUACUGGGAGCACACAACUUGGUCCACGGGCUGAGCUCGUAUGUCGAAGGGUCGUGA